UGGGGCAUGUGGGGCGGCUGCCCUAGACCACUUGUCCGUGAGGGUGCCUGUGGCCUCCGAGGGGUCCCGGGUCCCUCAUCUGACAGCCACCCUUGGCCCCGGCAGCCGCCUGUGAUGCUGCUGUCCCCUGUCGCCCCGUGGCCCCACGAUGACCCACAGCCCCGCGUCAAGCGAGGACGAGGAACGCCACAGUGCCAGCGAGUGUCCCGAGGGGGGCUCAGAGUCCGACAGCUCCCCAGACGGGCCCAGCAGAGGCCCCCGGGGGACCCGGGGCCAGGGCAGCGGGGCACCUGGUAGUCUGGCCUCCACCCGAGGCCUCCAGGGCCGCUCCAUGUCUGUCCCGGACGACGCCCACUUCAGCAUGAUGGUCUUCAGGAUUGGCAUCCCGGACCUGCACCAGACAAAAUGUCUCCGCUUCAACCCUGAUGCCACCAUCUGGACAGCCAAGCAACAGGUGCUCUGCGCCCUGAGCGAGAGCCUGCAGGAUGUGCUCAACUACGGUCUGUUCCAGCCGGCCACCUCCGGCCGCGAUGCCAACUUUCUGGAGGAGGAGCGGCUGCUUCGAGAGUACCCCCAGUCUUUUGAGAAGGGGGUGCCCUACCUGGAGUUCCGAUACAAGACCCGGGUUUACAAACAGACCAACCUGGAUGAGAAGCAGCUGGCUAAAUUGCACACGAAGACGGGGUUGAAGAAGUUCCUGGAAUACGUGCAGCUCGGGACGUCUGACAAGGUGGCAAGGCUGCUGGACAAGGGGCUGGACCCCAAUUAUCACGACUCGGAUUCGGGAGAGACCCCCCUGACGCUGGCAGCCCAGACCGAAGGCUCCGUAGAGGUGAUUCGAACCCUGUGCCUGGGAGGGGCCCACAUCGACUUCCGGGCCCGGGAUGGCAUGACCGCGCUGCACAAGGCCGCGUGUGCCCGUCACUGCCUGGCUCUCACGGCACUCCUGGACCUUGGGGGCUCCCCCAACUACAAGGACCGCCGAGGCCUGACCCCUCUGUUCCAUACGGCUAUGGUGGGGGGCGACCCCCGCUGCUGCGAGCUGCUCCUGUACAACAGGGCCCAGCUGGGCAUAGCUGAUGAGAACGGCUGGCAGGAGAUUCACCAGGCCUGCCAGCGAGGCCACUCUCAGCACCUGGAACACCUGCUCUUCUAUGGGGCUGAGCCGGGAGCCCAGAAUGCCUCGGGGAACACGGCCUUGCACAUCUGCGCCCUCUACAAUAAGGAGACCUGUGCUAGGAUCCUCCUCUAUCGAGGAGCUAACAAGGAUGUGAAGAAUAACAAUGGACAGACCCCCUUCCAGGUGGCUGUGAUCGCUGGGAAUUUUGAACUGGGGGAGCUGAUCCGAAACCAUCGAGAACAGGAUGUGGUGCCCUUCCAGGAGUCCCCCAAGUACGCAGCCCGGCGACGGGGACCCCCAGGCGCAGGGCUGACAGUGCCCCCGGCACUGCUUCGGGCCAACAGUGAUACCAGCAUGGCCCUGCCUGACUGGAUGGUGUUUGCCGCCCCGGGGACCUCGUCCUCUGGGGCCCCCGGCCCUACCUCAGGGCCCCAGGGUCAGUCGCAGCCCUCGGCCCCCAGCACCAAGCUCAGCAGUGGGACCCUCCGAAGUGCCAGCAGCCCCCGGGGCGCCCGGGCCCGCUCCCCAUCCCGUGGGAGGCACCCUGAAGAGGCCAAGAGGCAGCCCCGUGGACGGCCCAGCUCCAGCGGGACGCCCAGGGAAGGGCCUGCAGGGGGCACAGGGGGCUCAGGGGGCCCUGGGGGCUCCCUGGGCAGCCGCGGGAGGCGCAGGAAGCUCUACUCGGCGGUACCCGGACGCUCCUUCAUGGCCGUGAAGUCCUACCAGGCCCAAGCGGAGGGGGAGAUCUCCCUGAGCAAGGGCGAGAAGAUCAAAGUGCUUAGCAUCGGGGAAGGAGGCUUCUGGGAAGGCCAGGUCAAAGGUCGCAUUGGCUGGUUCCCCUCUGACUGCCUGGAAGAGGUGGCAAACCGCUCCCAGGAGGGAAAGCAAGAAAGCCGCAGUGACAAGGCAAAGAGACUCUUCCGGCAUUAUACCGUGGGCUCCUACGACAGCUUUGAUGCCCCAAGCUUGAUGGAUGGGAUUGGCCCAGGGAGCGAUUACAUCAUUAAGGAGAAGACAGUCUUGCUGCAGAAGAAGGACAGUGAGGGGUUUGGGUUCGUGCUCCGGGGGGGCCAAGGGUGAACCCCCAUCGAGGAGUUCACCCCCACCCCGGCCUUCCCGGCGCUGCAGUAUCUGGAGUCCGUGGAUGAGGGUGGCGUGGCAUGGCGAGCUGGACUGCGGAUGGGAGACUUCCUCAUCGAGGUGAACGGGCAGAAUGUGGUGAAGGUCGGCCACCGACAGGUGGUGAACAUGAUCCGCCAAGGGGGCAACACGCUGAUGGUCAAGGUGGUGAUGGUCACCAGGCACCCGGACAUGGAUGAGGCUGUCCAUAAGAAAGCACCCCAGCAGGCUAAGCGGCUCCCGCCCCCAGCCAUCUCUCUUCGUUCCAAGUCCAUGACCUCAGAGCUGGAGGAGAUGGAGUACGAGCAGCAGCCUCCGCCGGUGCCCAGCAUGGAGAAAAAGCGGACCGUGUAUCAGAUGGCUCUCAACAAACUGGAUGAAAUUUUGGCGGCAGCUCAGCAGACCAUCAGUGCAAGCGAGAGUCCUGGACCUGGUGGCCUUGCGUCGCUGGGCAAACACCGGCCCAAAGGCUUCUUUGCCACCGAGUCAAGCUUCGAUCCGCACCACCGCUCCCAGCCAAGUUAUGAACGUCCUUCUUACCUGCCUCCAGGACCCGGGCUUAUGCUCCGGCAAAAAUCUAUCGGGGCUGCAGAAGAUGAUAGACCCUACCUAGCACCCCCAGCCAUGAAGUUCAGCCGCAGCCUGUCUGUGCCCGGCUCGGAGGACAUCCCUCCGCCGCCCACCACGUCCCCACCGGAGCCCCCCUACAGCACACCUCCGGCCCCCUCCUCCUCUGGCCGCCUCACCCCAUCCCCCAGAGGAGGGCCCUUCAACCCCAGUUCGGGUGGCCCCCUCCCCUCCUCUUCCCCUGCGUCCUUCGAUGGGCCCUCCCCUCCCGACACGCGUGUAGGGGGCCGUGAGAAGAGCCUGUACCACGGCGGGCCCCUGCCCCCCGCCCACCACCACCCGCCCCACCACCACCACCAUCACGCCCCGCCCCCCCAGCCUCACCACCACCACGCCCACCCCCCUCAUCCCCCGGAGAUGGAGACGGGCGGCUCUCCCGACGACCCCCCACCCCGACUGGCCCUGGGGCCCCAGCCCAGCCUGCGCGGCUGGCGGGGUGGCGGGCCCGGCCCCACCCCGGGGGCCCCGUCCCCGUCGCACCACGGCGGCGGGGGCGGGGGCAUCGGCUCCUCCCAGGCCCCGGCCCUGCGCUACUUCCAGCUGCCCCCCCGGGCGGCCAGCGCGGCCAUGUACGUGCCAGCCCGCUCGGGCCGCGGGCGCAAGGGGCCCCUGGUCAAGCAGACCAAGGUCGAAGGCGAGCCCCAGAAGGGCGGCGGCCUCCCGCCCGCCCCCUCGCCCACGUCCCCGGCGUCCCCGCAGCCGCCGCCCGCCGCGGCCGCGCCCUCAGAGAAGAACUCCAUCCCCAUCCCCACCAUCAUCAUCAAGGCUCCGUCCACCAGUAGCAGCGGCCGAAGCAGCCAGGGCAGCAGCACCGAGGCGGAGCCCCCGACCCAGCCCGAGGCCGCGGGCGGCGGCGGCGGCGGCGGCUCGGCGCCCAGCCCCGCCCCGGCCAUGUCGCCGGUGCCGCCGUCGCCCUCGCCGGUGCCCACCCCCAGCUCGCCCAGCGGCCCGGCCACCCUCGACUUCACCAGCCAGUUCGGAGCGGCCCUGGUGGGCGCGGCGCGGAGGGAAGGCGGCUGGCAGAACGAAGCCCGCCGGCGGUCCACGCUCUUCCUCUCCACCGACGCGGGGGACGAGGACGGCGGCGACGGCGGGCUGGGCCCCGGGGCGCCCCCGGGCCCCCGGCUGCGCCACUCCAAAUCCAUCGACGAGGGCAUGUUCUCCGCCGAGCCCUACCUCCGGCUGGAGUCCGCGGGCGCGGGGAGCGGCGUCGGGUACGGGGGCUACGGGGCCGGGGGCCGAGCCUACGCGGGCAGCGGGGGCAGCAGCGCCUUCACCAGCUUCCUGCCGCCCCGACCCCUGGUCCACCCGCUGACCGGCAAGGCCCUGGACCCAGCCUCCCCGCUCGGGCUGGCCCUGGCCGCCCGAGAGCGGGCGCUGAAGGAGUCCUCGGAGGGCGGCGGGCCCCCCCAGCCCCCUCCAAGGCCCCCAUCGCCCCGCUACGAGGCGCCGCCGCCCACCCCGCACCACCACUCGCCCCACGCCCACCACGAGCCCGUGCUGCGUCUCUGGGGGGCCUCACCGCCGGACCCCGCCCGCCGGGAGCUGGGGUACCGGGCAGGGCUGGGCAGCCAGGAGAAGUCCCUUCCGGCCAGCCCUCCAGCGGCCCGACGCUCCUUGCUGCACCGCUUGCCCCCCACAGCUCCCGGGGUCGGGCCCCUCCUCCUGCAGCUGGGGCCCGAGCCCCCGGCCCCGCACCCCGGGGUGAGCAAGGCGUGGAGGUCGGGGGCCCCCGAGGAGCCGGAACGGCUGCCCCUCCACGUGCGGUUCCUCGAGAACUGCCAGCCCAGGGCCGGCGGCGCGGGCGGAAGGGGGCCCCCCUCGGAGGACGGGCCGGGGGUUCCGCCUCCCAGCCCGCGCCGGUCCGUACCGCCCUCGCCCACCUCCCCGCGGGGCGGCGAAGAGAACGGGCUCCCCCUGCUGGUCCUGCCGCCCCCCGCUCCCUCGGUGGACGUGGAAGACGGCGAAUUCCUCUUUGUGGAACCGCUGCCCCCGCCUCUGGAGUUCUCCAACAGCUUCGAGAAGCCGGAGUCGCCGCUCACACCCGGGCCGCCCCACCCGCUGCCGGACCCCCCCACCCCAACCACCCCGUUGCCCCCCGUGCCGCCGCCCGCCGUGGCCGCCGCGCCUCCCACCCUGGACUCCACGGCGUCCAGCCUGACUUCCUAUGACAGUGAGGUGGCCACGCUGACCCAGGGGGCCCCCGUGGCUCCCGGGGACCCCCCUCCGCCAGGCCCGCCGGCCCCGGCCGCCCCUGCUCCCCCGGCCCCACAGCCUGGCCCCGACCCGCCGCCUGGCACGGAUUCUGGUAUCGAGGAGGUGGACAGUCGGAGCAGCAGUGACCACCCGCUGGAGACCAUCAGCAGCGCGUCCACACUGAGCAGCCUUUCUGCCGAAGGCGGUGGCAGCGCCGGAGGCGGCGGCGGCGGCGGCGGCGGCGGGGCCGGUGUGGCCAGUGGGCCGGAGCUCCUGGACACGUAUGUGGCCUACCUGGACGGCCAGGCCUUCGGGGGGAGUGGUGCUCCCGGGCCACCGUACCCCCCGCAGCUCAUGACUCCUUCCAAGCUCCGGGGCCGGGCUCUGGGGACCAGCGGAGGCCUGCGGCCCGGCCCUAGUGGGGGACUCCGGGACCCUGUCACUCCCACCAGCCCCACGGUCUCUGUGACGGGGGCUGGAACGGAUGGGCUGCUGGCCCUGAGCGGUUGCACAGGACCCUCAUCGGCGGGUAUGGCGGGGGGUCCGGUGGCUAUAGAGCCAGAAGGCCCACCGGUGCCCUUGCCGUCAGCCUCCUCUCUGCCUCGGAAGCUGCUGCCCUGGGAGGAGGGCCCGGGCCCACCGCCACCACCCCUGCCCGGGCCCUUGGCCCAGCCUCAGGCCUCAGCCUUGGCCACAGUAAAAGCCAGCAUCAUCAGUGAACUCAGCUCCAAGCUUCAGCAAUUUGGGGGCUCCUCGGCAGCUGGUGGCGCUCUGCCCUGGGCCCGGGGAGGCAGCGGGGGAAGCGGGGACAGCCACCACGGGGGAGCCAGCUACGUCCCCGAGAGGACCUCUUCCCUGCAGCGGCAGAGACUCUCCGAAGACUCCCAGCCCUCGCUCCUCUCCAAACCCGUCAGCAGCCUGUUUCAGAACUGGCCCAAACCACCUCUGCCGCCACUCCCCACGGGAACUGGGGUCUCCCCUUCCGCCGCUGCAGCUCCGGGGGCCACGUCACCCUCAGCCUCCUCCUCCACGUCCACCCGCCACCUCCAGGGCGUGGAGUUCGAGAUGCGGCCGCCUCUGCUCCGCCGGGCCCCCAGCCCCUCACUGCUGCCCGCCUCGGAGCACAAGGUCAGCCCUGCGCCCAGGCCCUCGUCCCUGCCCAUCCUGCCUUCUGGACCCUUGUACCCGGGCCUCUUUGACAUCCGUGGCUCCCCAACCGGAGGGGCAGGAGGCUCCGCUGACCCUUUCGCCCCCGUCUUUGUGCCACCACACCCCGGGAUGUCCGGGGGGCUUGGUGGAGCCUUGUCAGGGGCCUCCCGCUCCCUCUCACCAACCCGCCUGCUUUCGCUGCCCCCGGACAAGCCCUUCGGCGCUAAACCUCUGGGGUUCUGGACCAAGUUCGACGUGGCUGAUUGGCUCGAGUGGCUGGGCUUGGCUGAGCACCGAGCACAGUUCCUGGACCACGAGAUUGAUGGCUCCCAUCUGCCCGCCUUGACCAAGGAAGAUUACGUCGAUCUGGGCGUGACCAGGGUGGGCCACCGCAUGAACAUCGACCGGGCUCUCAAAUUUUUCCUGGAGAGGUGAUGGCUGGCCUGGACGGACCAGCCCGUCCACAGAACCCUUGAGCCUACUGGCCUCUUAACCUCUGACCCCUGACCGUCAUUAUCUCCCCUGGGCCAGGGACUCUGCUAGAACUGCGCCCUGCCCUCGUCUCCCAAGGCCGGAGGUCACCGGUUGGCCAGAUCCCCGGCCAGACAUUUGCACCUCACAGGAGGGGGCAGCUGACACAAGACUGUGUGUGAAGCAGGGAGCAGGGGGGGUGGUGAUGGAGGAAAUCGCAGAGGGGGAUGGAGAAGGAGGGAAGGGUCGGUUCUGGGGAGGGGGAACAGACAGAGCCAUAGGGGGUCAGCCCUGAGCCUGAUUGGAUGGGGUUUGUCCCCGGCCGCAGGGGAAGGGGGUGCCCUCAGAUUCCACCACCUGCCGCUCCUCUAACAACCCUUCCCCCCCCUCCAGGCCCCUGGGCUCUCCCCACCCUCCCCCCUCCCC